ACAAAACAAAUACGUGCUUGCCCUUUGGAACUAUUGAUCUGCAGGCUCCCAGUUAACAAUUUGCUGGUGAAGCUGUGACGCUGUUUUACGAAUAUGGCAAAAGGCUCCUUCGCGUUUGCUGUUUUCCUUCUGGGAUACCUCCUCAAUGCCGAAUGUGCAGUUUUCAUUGAUCAGGAAGAAGCAAGUUCUGUUUUGCACCGAUAUAAACGAUUCAAUUCUGGACGCUUGGAAGAGGUGAUUGGUGGAAACCUAGAACGAGAGUGCUUGGAAGAAAAAUGCAGCUUUGAGGAAGCAAGAGAAGUCUUUGAAAACCUUGAGAAAACGUUGCUGUUCAACCAUUGCUUCCAAGAUGGAGAUCAAUGUGCGUCGAACCCUUGCACAAAUGGAGGGAAAUGUGAGGAUCAAGUUGGUUACUACAUCUGUUGGUGUCCAGCUGGUUAUGAAGGAAAGAACUGUGAGUUAGAUGCUACUUGUGCAACAAAGAAUGGAGGAUGCAAGCAACUCUGCAAGAACAACCCAUCAGGGGGAGUGGUCUGUUCCUGCGUCCCUGGCUACAAGCUUGGGGCAGACAAGAAGAUCUGUGAACCAGCAGUGCCUUUUCCAUGCGGAAGGAUUACAGCUCCAGAAGCCGUCAGCAAACUCACCCGUUCCAUCAACACAUUUGACAGCUGGUUCUCCACCAAUGAUACAGAUACAGAGGAUGCCAUAAAUGACAACAGCACUCAGAUCAUUCCCCUGUCAGAAAGCAAAAAUCGAGUGGUUGGGGGCAGCAACAGCAAGAAAGGCGAAGUACCUUGGCAGGUUUAUGUGCUUAACAGUGAGCAGAAGGGAUUCUGCGGGGGCUCGAUCAUUAAUGAAAACUGGAUUGUGACUGCAGCACACUGCAUUGAGGCUGGGCCACACACUAUUGUUGCAGGUGAACUCCGCACAGAGGAAGAUGACCACACAGAACAGCACCGCAGAGUGGUCAGGAUUAUCCCUUAUCCCACAUACAACAGCAGCCUGAGGUACCACAACGACAUUGCCCUCCUUGAAUUGGAUUUGCCACUGGAGCUGAACAGUUACGUCACCCCUAUUUGCAUCGCAGACAAGGAAUUCACUAACAGCCUUCUCAAGUUUGGAACAAGCACCGUGAGCGGCUGGGGAAGGCUGGCAUACCAAGGGCGGGAGGCGAGCAUCCUCCAGGUCCUAAAGGUUCAGUUGAUUGAUAGGGCAACCUGCCUGAGGAGCACUAGGUUCUCCAUUGUGUCCAGCAUGUUCUGUGCAGGGCAUCCUUACGAGGCAAAAGAUACAUGCCAAGGAGACAGUGGAGGGCCACAUGCCACAGAAAUGGAAGGCACCUGGUUUCUGACUGGGAUAACCAGCUGGGGGGAACAGUGUGCCAUGAGAGACAAAUAUGGCAUCUACACCAGAGUUGCAAGAUAUGUCAAGUGGAUCAGAGACACAACCAGGCAUACCUGAGGGCAGUGCCAAAGUAUUUUUAUUCCUUUCCAUAAGAUCAUCAGUUUGUGAAGAAGCAAAAAUUUAAACAACUUCCAAUCUGUAUUCUCAAAUAAUUUCAGAGGGACAGCUGUGCAAGCUGGUUGCAGCAAAAAUACACAGGAAUCUUGUGUCACCUUAAACACAUUUUUUUGUUAUAGCAUUUGUGGAUGCGCUUCAUCAAAUGUAGGCAAACCACGUGCAUGUGGAUAAUAGUCCACAAUGGCUUAUGCUAGACUAAAAAAUCUGUUAGUCUUUAAAGUGCCAUAAGACUCCUACUUAACUGUUUCUGAAAUAGCUUCAGGAGUUAUUUUCCGAAACAUUGACAACAUCUCUUUUAGAAACAAAGUUUACGUAUGAGUUUCUACCCCACCUCCCCAAAAAUAGUGGGAGUAUUUCCUAAUGGGUGUUUGCAAUGCUUUGAACACAUCAACAUGCACCAACUUCAGAUCCUUAUCUGUUUAUAAUAAUGGAGAUGCCUACCUCAGAGGGUUGUUGUGAGGGUGAACACAUUGUAAAGAACUGGAAAACUAGAACUGCAAAUGAAUCCAGCACUCAAUGUAUCAAUGUGUUAUAAUAAAUUGCAAUGAACUCAUAAAUAAA